AUGGAACCUUCGGCCGCCGCCGCCACACUUGAUGAAAAUAAAUUAAACACACAUGAUGUGACUCAUCGUAACGUGUUUGGAUGCGAAUUCGUAAGGACUACAUCGACCGGUUCACAAAAACGUCAUAAAUGGACAGAUUUAGAGUUGCACUAUCUUGAAUGUGGAAUGGAAGAAUUUGGAACUAGUUGGAAAGACAUAUUGAAAAAAUAUGGGAAACCUCACGGGCCAUUGAGAAAUCGAUCGGCUGUGAACUUAAAAGAUAAAGCAAGGAAUGAAAAAGCAAGAAGAAUAAGAAAUGGAAUAACAUUGGGCAGUUUUGAACUAGAAAGUUUUUACAAUUGA